CUCUGUGCCUUCAUCCCCCGCAUCACCUGCCUCCUUCUCCCACGCGAACGACCACCAUCUCGCCAAUCCUGUCAAUCCAGAUCCAUCCUCUCCGACUGCCACACAUACUCCUUCAGCCGCUGACUAUGACCCGACCAUGGACAUGCAACAAGACAAGCUCAAAGCUCAUCUUUCAGCUGCCGCAACUCGUGACUUGAACCACCAAGACUCGUCACAUGCUCCUUUACAACCUACCCAAUCCGCCAAAUCAAAUGAACUGGACAUGUUUGCAGACGAAGACAAUGACGACAUGUUUGCUCCGGAACCCGCUGCUGGUCACAAAAGGGACGAUGGUACCCAAGCUGUGCGUUUGCCUGAAGCGAAGCAGCUCGAUCGCAGUAUGCUCGAUGACUGGGACGAUCCGGAAGGCUAUUACCGUAUCAUUCUUGGGGAGCUCCUCGACGAUCGCUACCACAUCCAAACAAACCUAGGAAAGGGUGUCUUUUCCGCUGUUGUACGCGCUCUCGAUACCACCACUAAUCGCACCGUUGCCAUCAAGAUCAUUCGUACCCAGGAGUCAAUGUACAAGGCUGGCAUCAAGGAGAUUGAGAUUCUCCAGACCCUCGCCGAAGCAGAUCCCGAAGACAAGAAACACAUUAUCCGUCUGGAGCGCCACUUUGAACACAAGGGCCAUCUUUGUAUGGUCUUUGAAAAUCUGAGUAUCAACCUACGUGAAGUCUUGAAAAAGUUUGGCCGUGACAUAGGUAUCAACAUCAUAGCUGUGCGCCAAUACGCCCUGCAGAUGUUCCUUGGUCUCACUCUGCUCAAAAAGUGCGAGAUUCUGCACGCUGAUUUGAAGCCCGACAACGUCCUCGUCAAUGAGAAGCGUAACCAGCUCAAGAUUGCCGAUUUGGGCUCUGCCAUGUCUGCUGAUGACAACGAUGUCACAGAUGCACUGGUCUCUCGCUUCUACCGCGCUCCGGAGAUUAUGCUCGGCAUCAAGCAUGACUAUGCCAUCGACAUGUGGAGUAUUGGUUGCACCCUAUUCGAGCUGUACACCGGCAAGAUUUGUUUCACUGGCGCGACCAACAAUCAGAUGUUGAAGGGUAUACUUGAAUGUCGCGGCAAAAUCCCGAAUCGCAUGCUCAAAAGAUCAGAGUUCUGGGCGCAACAUUUCGAACCUGACGGCACAUUCUUAAGCCAGGAGAUAGACAACGUCACUCGUCGAGAAGUGGUGCGCCGCAUGAAUAUCACCAGGACCGUACCUGCCAAGGAGCUCAAGGCACGAUUGUUUGCCAGUUCGAAGGGUCUCAGUCCUGCUGACGCCAAAGAGCUGAAUCUCUUUGCAGACCUGUUGGACAAGUGUCUUGCCGUCGACCCGGUGAGAAGGAUUACACCGACAGAUGCUCUCAAACAUCCAUUCAUCUCCCGGCCAGGGCCCGUUCCUCCCCAUAACAUCAAAUAAGACAACCGAACAACCGGCCCUUUCGUUAUUGAUGAAACGAACAGGAAGAGAAAUGAAAGGUGUCGAUCCGCCCUAUUAUUCUGACCGCAUUUUCAUCAAGUCCCAGUGGCAGAGACACAUAGGAAGAUCAGCAAUUCGAACGCUUACAUUGCCAAGUUGUGACGCCUGUCACUCGGCACGGUCGAUGCCUUGACAGCAAUCUAUCGUUUGAAAGAACACAUAUAGACGAGGCCGCAUGGUCAGCACGGGAUAUGGAGACAAAGAGACAACUCUCAUCAAUUCUGUCUCAGUGGGGGCCUGC